AGAGAAGAGAACGUGGCGACGUUCCGUGGUUCCGAGUACUUCUGCUACGACCUGUCCCAGAACCCCAUCCAGUCCUCCAGUGAUGAGAUCACGCUCUCCUUCAAGACGUGGCAGAGGAACGGCCUCUUACUCCACACAGGGAAGUCUGCUGACUACGUCAACCUGGCCCUAAAGGACGGGGCGGUGAGCCUGGUCAUCAACCUGGGCUCCGGGGCCUUCGAGGCCAUUGUGGAGCCCGUCAACGGGAAGUUCAACGAUAAUGGCUGGCACGACAUCAAGGUCACACGCAACCUCAGACAGGUAACCAUGCGACUGAGGAGACAGAGGUCCACGACUGGUAUUGAUUAGUCAUAGUAAUAGAUUAAUUGGUUGGUAGUAGUGGCUUGGGUUUAUGUUGUUAGAUUAGUGUUUACCUCUGUUUACAAUUGAUGUAUUAUAAUAUAUGUAUUUGUAUUUUUUUAUAGCACCUUUUCCAAGUGCCCUAAGCACUUUAGAUAGUUGUCAAAUAUGUCGUGUUGAGAAAUAUUAUGAGAGAGACAUUAUGAGUUUGUGUAGUGUUGAAUUAUUAUCAUUAUGGUUAGAUAGCGUUUUCCCCUCUAUUUUAUCCCCUAGCAGUGACUGUCAAUGAAGAAGCACAGACUGCAUAGUGAUUGAUAGCUUAGUGGUGGAGCAGCCGAUACUGUGGCUCUGUACUUCUCUCUUUUCCUUAUCUUAUGAUGAACGUGAAGACUUCCCUAUUUCCUUCAUUUAAACGUAUCUGAUAUUACCUUGCUUUUAUACUCCACUAAGCUGACACUUCUAUCAGGGGCUGUGUCGUAGGGCCGCUAUCUCGUCACCUUCAGAAAGUAGCUGUUUUCCUUUAUACAACUAGAUGUGUAUCCUCUGUAUAGCUACAGAAACUACAAGGCAGGGUUUAAGACAUCCAUUAACUCAGGACAAAUGCAGGGUCUUCGGGUGACAGAUUGUAGUAGCCUUCUGAUGGACAUUUGUUUCAGAUCAGUGGAGCAUCUUAUUCAAAUACUACAAAUGGAUGUUAAAAUGACCUCUGAUAGGCCCUCUAUUGUCACAUUGUCAGCUUAGAUAGUUUAUAGUACUUCUAAUCAUACGGAUGGUGAACACAUCAUAAUACUAGAAUGGAUAUGAACCUUCUUAUGAUGGGAUAAAGGUCAGCCAUUUUGGUCAGAGAGUUGGUCAACCAUGGUUUGGCAGUGCUGUAAUGAGAUAGUGUGUAAAAUAAUGAAUUUGAAGAAUUUAUCUGCAGUGUAUGUUUGCUAGCUAGUCGGACAGUUUUAAAGGAAUGAUUCCCUUAAUUUUUCUAAAUAACUGCCAAUAUGCAAACAUUCCAUUCAAAGUCAAAUCACAGCCAAACACUGGCUCAAAUCAGUUGAUGAUAGGACUUAGACAAGUUGUAAAUGCAACAAGUACUGAUAUUGUAUCAUAUUAUAACACUCACAGCUUUCCAAGAAAACAACAAAUUUAGACAUUUAUGGUCUGUUCACAUAUAUUUUAGAGGCUAUUGAUACAGAAAAUUGGUAUAAAACCCGUAUAAACUGUAUUUAUAAUUAUAUGACAAUAUGUUUGGUUGACAAUAAUUCUAUUAAACAAUUUCUGAUACAUUACAUGCCUUCCUUGUAUUGUCCUGCAUAGGUAAAAUCAGGAUUAUGCCUCUACUGCCAUUCAUUCCAACUAGACCGGUUUGGAUUUCUCCCAGACCAAUAUGGCUGCCAUUUUCACCCUAUUCUGGAACAUUGAGGGUUUAGCCCCUCUAGUAAUUGAACAGGAUCUCUAUGACUAUACUCUGCUACUGCUAUGUACUGUACUAUAACUAUAACUCUAUGACUUUAAUUCUAUUCUAACAUCGUUACUCAACUCAACUUUAAGAAGUAGGGCUUUACACUGGAUAUAUAUAUACUUGUACUAUAAGAGUGAAGGCACAGUGAGAGAAGCGAUAGCAGAUAGCCGUUUGUUUGUGGUGUGGAGAGGGAGUGGCCAGUGGGCAGUGAAAGGCUUUCUUCAGCCAGUACAAUGGAGCCCUGAAUGGAGGUGAAGAGAGGCGGAAAAGUAAGUAAAGACGCUAACAGGUUGUUAAAGGAUGUAGCGCACUAGCUAGCUACCACUGAAGGAACACUGACUCACAGACCAGAGGCUAAGCUAGGCUUCUUUUUUUUUUUUCUCCUUCUCUCUCUCUUCUUCCUCUCUGUCUAUCUUUCUUUCCCUUUCGGUCAGUCUAUCUCCUCUCUUUGGAAAGACAUGCUUUGUUAGACUAACACUUACCUUUCAUGAAAUACUAAGUCAUUUUAUUUACUUACUAACUAACAGUUAUCUAAACAACUAACCAAUGUACUAACUAACUAUCAUCCUACUUCUCCUACGUCAUUGGUUUUUAUUUGGGUUUCUUUCUUCUCCCAUCCCUUUAUUAACAACCGUUUUGUUCACUAUUCUUUUGAUUUCCUUUCUUCCCCCUUUUCCGGAAAGCAAUCAGGCAUUGGACACGCUAUGGUAAACAUACUGCAUUGUCUGGUAGAUAUCAUUCUUAUUGUCUUCUUUGGGGUUUGCCGUGUGUGUCCCCCCCCUACCCCCUCUUCUUUUUCUUUUUAUAAUUUUAAUUUCAUCCUAGACACUUCUUAUCAAAAAAUGAGGAAAUGGGUUUGUAUUACCAACAGCUUUCUUCAGUUCUCAAUAUCCUCCCUUCCCUGGCCUCUCAACCUCUUCCCCACCCUCCUCUUUUUUCAGUCCGGCUUUUACUUGUUUUCAUUUUUUAUUCCUCAUUGCUACGAAGUUUGCAGAGGUUCUUCGAGUCUCAAAAGAACGACCAGAUUCGCUCCCUGACUUUUGAUAUUUUGUCAGGGAUACAUACAAAAAUAGAUGUUUUUCCACCAAAUAAAAAUCUCCAAAUUUUUGGUGAGGACUGUCGCCGCCCAAGAACUGAGAGAAGCUCUGCCACAAUCCAAACAACAAGAGUGAAUCUUCAACCAACCAGCAGCCGCCAAACUCCGGUCCGGGCACUAUAAUGCUAAACAGAAACAAAAUGGCAACCCAGAGACGAAAUGGCGACCCCUUUCUUUACCGGAGCUCUGACAGUUGUUUCCAACACACUCAGUCUGGCACAUGGCAUGCCCACCACCUCUCAUCAAUGCCUUUUCACCUCCUGACCUCUGACAUCGUAUGACCUUUACCCUCUCACCCCCUCACCCUCCUCACCCAUAACCACUAACACUUCACUUUCACAUUCACUCACCUUCCACCUAUCACCCACUAUCACUGUCCUGUCCCCCCACCCCAUCCCUGGGUGUUGUGUUUGUAGCAUGCUGGUGACAGUGGUGUCUGUGUGUUGUGGCUAACAUUACUCCCGCCCCCUCCCGAUCCCCUUGACUUGAUUGGUGGAUGUACCCUGUCUCCCGAUUGGCUUGAUCAUGCUUUGUAUGACAUCAAAUCAUUUAUACCCCUUACAUGUCAAACUUAUUUGUGUUUUUGUUAACUUCUAAAGAAUGAAAACCUUGGUUUCUGCAUUUGUGAAGUUGUGUGAUAAUCCUCCCUAUGUAAUGCAUGUGUGUGUAUAAGGCCGAGUGUGUGUGACUGAGAGCGUGUGCGUUUGUGUGCGUGUGAUUGUUUGUAUAGUUACAAAUUGAACCCUGAAACCUAAGACAAGUACAAGCAAUUUGUCCUUGGCAAUUUGUCCAUUUUACUAACCCUCUCCCAACCUGAACUAUCCAAACCGAAUGAGAAUCCAUUAUCUUACCCCCAUCAAAAGAUAAAGAAAAUAUGAUCCUCUGCUCUGACAUAUUUUCUUUAUCUGUCCUGUGAACCUACCUAUGACUAAAACCAUUAAAUAAUACCUCAAACGCUGUCUUAUCCAAACUAUCAAACUAUUGCUCCAAGGUACAAAAGCUACUAGGUACUAGCUACUAGGUACUAUCUACUACAGUGGCUUCAGAAAGUAUUCACACCCCUUGACUUUUUCCAGCUUUUGUUGUGUUAAAGGCUGAUUUUUUUGUCACUACACACAAUACCCCAUAAUGUCAAAGUGGAAUCAUGUUGCAAGACAUUUUUACUAAUUAAUAAAAAAUGAAAAGCUGAAAUGUCUUGAGUCAAUAAGUAUUCAACCCCUUUGUUAUGGCAAGCCUAAGUAAGUCACAUAAUAAGUUGCAUGGACUCACUCCGUGUGCAAUAAUAGUGUUUAAUCUCUUAAGGAUCUGACCCUUUUGUUUCGCCUAAAAUGACAUACCCAAAUCGAACUGCCUGUAGCUCAGGACCUGAAGCAAGGAUAUGCAUAUCCUUGAUACCAUUUGAAAGGAAACACUUUGAAGUUGGGUUGUGGGUUCGAUAAAAUAAUGUAUGCACUAACUGUAAGUCGCUCUGGAUAAGAGCGUCUGUUAAAUGACUAAAAUGUAAAUGUAAAUGUAAGUUUGUGGAAAUGUGAAAUGAAUGUAGGAGAAUAUAACACAUUAGAUCUGGUAAAAGAUAAUACAAACAAAAAAUAUAUAUACUUUUUUUCCCCCGUCAUCUUUGAAAUGCAAGAGAAAGGCCACAAUAUAAUAUUGCACUUUAGAUUUUGGCCACUAGAUUUACAUUUUAGUCAUUUAGCAGAAGCUCUUAUCCAGAGCGACUUACAGUUUUAGUGAGUUCAUACAUUUUCAUACUGGCCCCCUGUGGGAAUCGAACCCACAACCCUGGCAUUUCAAGUGCCAUGCUCUACCAACUGAGCUAGAGGAGGCCACUGUAGCUCAGUAGAUGGCAGCAGUGUGUGUGCAACGUUUCAGAUUGAUCCAUUGAAGCGUUGCAAUACUGGACUAUUUUGUAUCAAGUCUGCCCAAAUGUGCCGAAUUGGUCAAUUGAUACAUUUUCAAGUACAUAACUAUAGAGAACAUACAAAAAUUAUAUGGUAAUACAAAAUGUAAGUUUACACACUCCCAGGAAUGUCAAACAUGAUGGAUCAUUAGCAUACACAAACUUUCACACAUCUAGAUGGCCGGGCGGGGUGGGUGUGGAGCCAGAGACAGCAAGGGUUCAAACUGUAGAACCCAGUUCCUACAUUUGAAUAAAAAAUGGAUUUUAUUAAACAGAACUAUGCUACAUUUUAUCUCUGGGACCCUCAGGAUGACAAAUCAGAGCAAGAUUACUGAAUGUAAGUUCAUUAUUUAUCUUCAGAGGUGAACGUAUCAAACCAGUUGCCGUGACACGUUUUUUGUUCUUGUGCACUCUCCUCAAACAAUAGCAUGGUAUUUUUUCACUGUAAUAGCUACUGUAAAUUGGACAGUGCAGUUAGAUUAACAAUAAUUGAAGCUUUCUGCCCAUAUAAGACAUGUCUAUGUCCUGGAACGUUUGCUGUUACUUACAACAGUCAUGCUAAUCAUAUUAGCGCACAUUAGCUCAACCAUCCCGUAUACGGGACACCGAUCCCGUAGAGGUUAACAUGAUUUUUAAAUGACUACCUCAUCUCUGUACCUCACACAUAAAAUUAGCUGCAAGGUCCCUCAGUCGAGCAGUGAAUUUCAAACACAAUUUCAACCACAAAGACUGGGGAGGUAUUCCAAUGCCUCACAAAGAAGGGCACCUAUUGGUAGAUGGGUACAAAUAAAAAAAGCGGACACUGAAAAUCCCUUUGAUCAUGGCGAAGUUAUUAAUUACACUUUGGAUGGUGUAUCAAUACACCCAGUCACUACAAAGACACAGGCGUCCUUCCUAACUCAGAUUGCCGGAGAGUUACAGAGUUUAAUGGCUGUGAUAGGAGAAAACUGAGGAUGGAUCAACAACAUUGUAGUUACUCCACAAUACUAACCUAAUUGAGAGAGUGAAAAGAAGGAAACCUGUAAAGAAUAAAAUAUAUUCCAAAAUGUAAAUCCUGCUUGCAACAAGGCACUAAAGUAAUGCUGCAAAAACAUUUGGCAAAGCAAUUAACUUUUGGUCCUGAAUACGAAGUGUUAUGUUUGGGGCAAGUCCAAUACAAGACAUGACUUUGUACUUAGCACUGAGCACAGGCACAAUCCUAAAGGAAAACCAGGUUCAGUCUGCUUUCCACCAGACACUGGGAGACCUUUCAGCAGGACAAUAACCUAAAACACAAGGCCAAAUCUACACUGGAGUUGCUUACCAAGAAGACAGUGAUUGUUCCUGAGAGGCCAAGUUACAGUUUUGACUUAAAUCUACAUGAAAAUCUAUGGCAAGACCUUAACACGGUUGUCUAGAAAUGAUCAACAACCAAUUUGACAGAGCUUGAAGAAUUUUGAAAAAAAUAAUGGGAAAAUGUUGCACAAUCCAGGUGUGGAAAGUGCUUAGAGACUUACCCAGAAAGACUCACAGCUGUAAGGUGCUUCUACAAAGUAUUGACUCAGGGGUGUGAAUACUUAUGUAAUGUAAUAUUUAUGUUUUUCAUUUUCAAUAAAUUUGCAAACAUUUCUCAAAACAUGUUUUCUCUUUUGUCAUUAUGGGGCAUUGUGUGUAAAUGCGUGAGAAAAUAAAUAUAUUUCUUCCAUUUUGAAUUCAGGCUGUAACAAAAACAAUCUGGAAUAAGUCAAGUGGUAUGAAUACUUUCUGAAGCCACUGUAGCUUCUACUACUAGGUACUAGCUACUAUGAACUAGCUACUAGCCCAGGUGAUCUCAGUCAAGAGAUAACUGAAUAAAAUACAUAGUUAUAUUCCAUUAGGUCAGAGCAGACCAAGGGGAGAGCUGUGUGCAUCCUAUACAUAUUGAACAGAGAGUUCCACCUCAGUGCCUAAUGGUUUGGCUUUGGUAUGUGUUACCCUAUAACAGGUGACCAUCUCUGUGGAUGGGAUCCUCACCACGACAGGCUAUACCCAGGAAGACUACACCAUGCUGGGGUCUGACGACUUCUUCUACGUGGGUGGGAGUCCUAGUACGGCUGACCUACCUGGUUCUCCUGUCAGCAACAACUUCAUGGGCUGCCUGAAAGAGGUAGGU